GGGUCCUAGUGUUUUGCUAAUUUUUACAAAAAAAAAAAACAUUUUUUGUGUAUAUUAACAUUAUUUUUAUAUUCUUUUUAUAUACUUUUUAGUCACAUUCCUCAUUUCUUCAGUCAUGAGGAACCGAAGUGUAGCCUUCCAUCCUUUUUUAUUACUAAUAUAUAUAAGUAUAUUAUAAUAAUUAGUAGGUUUGGAGCUUUGACUGCUCUAAUCUGCGUUAUUAUAUAAAAUAAACAUAAAAAACAAUAACAAAAAUCUGGCGAACCUGAAGAGCCAAAAUCUUCCAGUUGCAGCCCCCGAAAAUUUCUCCACAAAAUUGAGAUGGAGAAAAUAUUUAAAUAAAACUUCUGGAACAGAAAAUUCUGAAGGAGAACAGCCAUACCAUUAUAUUCAUAGACGCUUUCGCACUCCUCGGCGUUGCUGGCAAUUCAAAAUUAAACUGAAGGUAAACAGAAAUAUGAGUGAUCGCGCAGGUUCCAUGGUCAUGAUAGACAAGAUGGCAGCCCAAAAGAGGAGAGGCAUUAGUAGCGCAGAAGCUUCUUCAGGAGGUUCAGCGACUCAACUUUCUGCAUUAGGCUCAGCCCCAGGCACUUUGACUGAUGAAUUAGCAGCUCUUUUUGAGUGUCCUGUUUGCUUUGAAAUUGUUUUGCCUCCUAUUAUGCAAUGUCAGGUGGGCCAUUUAGUUUGCGCAAGUUGUCGUCCCAAACUAUCUUGUUGUCCAACUUGUCGAGGGACACUAGGAAAUAUUCGAAAUUUGGCCAUGGAAAAAGUUGCAAACAAUCUAAUGUUUCCUUGCAAGCAUAAAUCAACAGGCUGUCGCAUGUCUUUAGGUUUGAAUGAAAAAGCCGAACAUGAAGAAGUUUGUGAAUUCCGGCCAUACAGUUGCCCUUGCCCUGGCGCAUCCUGUUCUUGGCAAGGUCAACUUGACAAAGUAAUGGUUCACUUGCAACAUUCCCAUAAAAAUAUUACCACUCUUAAUGGUGAAGAUAUUGUGUUUCUCGCCACAGAGAUUAACUUAGCAGGAGCUGUUGAUUGGGUUAUGAUGCAGAGCUGUUUUGGACACCACUUUAUGCUGGUCUUAGAAAAACAAGAAAAAAGUGAUGGGCAUACUCAAUUCUUUGCUAUUGUUCAACUUAUUGGUUCAAGAAAACAAGCUGAACGAUUUGCAUACCGAUUGGAAUUAAAUGGUAAUAGAAGACGCCUUAUUUGGGAAGCCAUGCCCCGUUCCAGCCACGAAGGAGUAGCUUCUGCUAUAAUGGGUUCUGAUUGUUUGGUAUUUGAUAACUCAAUUGCCCAACACUUCGCUGACAACGGAAAUUUAGGCAUUAACGUUACCAUUUCCUUGGUUUGCUAAAUAUUCAAUUGAUUUCAAUCACAUUCUAUCUUGGGCAAGAACUUCUCAUUUGGGAAUUUUUGUCUAGUCGUUGUACAUAUAUUAUUAUAAGUAAUGGCUUUAUGGUACCGAUUGAAUCAAAUUCUUUCUAACCGAAGAUCAAAGAAAAGCCUCUUCAGGCCUCUCCGCGUUUUCAAGGCUUUAGGUUGGGGGAUGGCCUGAAUGGAGUAGCAGGACUUGGGAGGAUGUACAAGGGGCCCAAUGGGGCCUAAGUGUUGUGAACUAUUGGGGUCGUACUCCACCACGUCCAGAUCCAGCUCGGGAACUGAAGAUCAAUUGUGUCUUGGAUAAGAGAGGGUCAUAUUAAGUUUUGGGAUAAACAUGUUUUAUGGUGUUUAACAAUGAUUUUAUUUAGACACAGCUUUUUUCAAGCCAAAUUUUUUAAAUGUUCUCCGAGUUUUUUAAUUGUUUGUACUUAAUAUACCUAACAACAACAUAUUAUGUGCCCUAUGGCUGUAUUUGGAUGUGUGAAUAAAAAAUUGUUCAUUGCCAUAUAUUUAAAAUCAUUGGUCUACAUGUCACAGAUAUUUUAUUUUCUUUUUUAUUUGUUGUUAUUAUUGUUUUAUUUUUUAUUUUUUAAUGAGGGACGUGAGAAAUUAAUUUUAUUUGGCAAAAAUUAUGUACCUACAUAAGUUUCUUUGGAUAGAUGAGAUUGCAAAAGCACCUAAACGGAGAGAUAAGAUUUUUCUCGUGGCUGUAAUAUCUUAUAAGUAUAGUAUAUUCAGCAAGUCCCUGUUCUUCCUUUUGUGACCUGGGGCCGGAUUCUCGUCCCAGGGAGUAGAUCUCCCCGAGAGAAUUCAUUCUCAUUUACUUUUCGAUUACGUUGACAAGGGCAAAAUAUUUGUUGUAUCGGGGGGAGCUCUACUCCCUGAGACGACAAUCGGGCCGCUGGGUGGACUCUAAUUAGAGCAUCUGUCUGAAUCACUGGAGACGCUUCAAUCAUUUUUUAAUACAAUUUGACGAUAUUAUUUCAUCUGUGAACCUAAAAUCUAAUAGCUGCAUACUCUGUAUCUACCGACCACCAACGCAUUGUAAUUCUUGAUGUAAAGGAAAUUAUAGAAUAAUGAUAAAUCAGGAGCGCGUAUUUAUCCAAUUUACGAAUAUUAAGUUGAGCUUUAUCAACUUUUUCCAUAAAUUAAGCUAUCAAGUCAAGAGGAUCCUUGUCUGGAGUAGGCAGCGCCUCUUCGACUAAUUUCCUUUUGCUUGGUUUCUCUUUUGAUUUUUUUCUUCUCUGAAGGAUUACCAUUUUCAUUCACUUUAGUAGCGAGCACUCAAUAUCAAUAUCAUCUGACGAUUGAGCUUGGGCUUCAGCUUCAUCUCAACUUUUUUAAGUAUUGAUUGUCGCCCAGAUCUAUGAAGUUUUUGUAGGGGCUUCCAGUAAUAGUACUAGUGCUAGGGCUUUCGUCAUCAGACUGAGUGUGCUCAGAUUCUCUAGAUUGUCAGCUUUUCCUGCCUUUCUCCUCUUGAGGCUUCCGGAGUUACGGAGAAAGUUAGCGAAGUUUGAGAAUUUUUAGAACGAUGCUGAUUCAAGAUUGCUGAAAUGCCAGGGCUGGGACUUUGUAACGAAUAUAUACAUUUUCUUUAUUUCUAUUGAUGUCUCCUCUCUAUUGAUUUCGACAAGACAGAAGAAGACAGCAAGUGCCAUAGCAAUGGGAAAAACAAUCUCUAUCCGUUACAGAGUUCCAGCCCAGGCCAAACGUUCUAGAAUUAUUAGAGAGUUUUCGUUGUCUUUUAAAAGCGAUUCCGAUAGCCGCUAUUUGACAAAUUUGACAUUUGAGCUAGCAUUUAUCGUUAUCGUUACCGAUAAGUGCCGGGAGCAUACGGACGGAAGACAAAACCAUAGCGAAAACGGAAAGCAUGCGUAUUUCCUAUGUUUUUGUUGUGGUUUGUUUUUGUUUUUAAAUGUUUUUGGUUUUCGAAAUAGAUACUAAAUUCCCUCAAAAGAUCGAGAAAUCGUUUCACGGAUGAGGACAAUAUUAUUUAUUAUAUUAUGUGCAAUCGAGUGUUCCAUCCUGAAAAUCUCGCACUAUUUUUAUAAUUCUGGCCACAUCAUUUUUUAAGUACAAGCCCUGAUGAAGCCCUAAACUUUUGGGCGAAACUUGGUAAAGACUUAACAGGCCUUCUAUUUUUUGUCCUAACCUACGAAUCACCCCUCUCCAUUGGAUACCAAUAGGACACGAACUUCUCUUAAGCAUUUAUUAUUUCAUUAGAAGAAAUAUUUGCCAACAACCCCUCCUAUAUGACGAUGCAUCUAAAUAGGCUUUUGUAGUAGCCAAUUUUGUAAAGCCUACAGGGAAAAUUAAUGAAUUUUGGGUACUAAGAAAUUAAAACAAAGUAUACAAAACGUAUAUUAACACAAUGAUAAACACAAACUAUUAAAGAAAGGUUAUGUUUGUCGAAUUCGACUUAACGUUAACGUUAAGCGGAUUGAACGAAAACUAUUUUUACGAUCUGUCAAAUAGCGGCUUUGUUUUCGUAUCCGUUAUGGUUAACCGUUCGAAUUUGCCAAUACAACGAAAACUCUCUAUUAUUUACUUAUCCAAACUGAGUAGAUUUUGACAUGACUUUACUGUAGUGUUGCAAGGGGAUUCGCUGGAAAUACUAUAUUUACCAAUUAAGAGCGCUUGGCUGAACAUAGAAUAUCCCAACUAACAAUUUGUGAUAUAUAAAGUACAGUAAUUAUUUGACCCAUAUUACUGUCAAAUUUAUAUUUUAAUAUUUAUUAUGUAUUUUAAUUCACUUUAUUUUUUAACCUUUGUGCAUUAGAAAGAAAAGACUCUCAGUGUUCUCAACUAAGUAAAUCUUUUUUGACAAAUCUACAUUUUUCAUCCCCCACAAACAUAAAGACAAAGAAAAAACGUUUUUAUUAUUAAGUUGAUGGUGAGGCUGAGUCAUAUGUCUACCAACCAAAAAAUUUAGAUUUGUCGAUAAGACUUUGUAGGAAAGACUUCGAGUGUUUUCUUACUAAUAAAGUGAGCUCCACUGUGAGAUAAUUGACAAUUUCUCCAAUCAAUGUACAUUAGUUUUUGGUUUGUAGAAAUUAAUUUUAUUCUUUUGGUUUUAUAAAAGUCGAAAAUCCUUUGUAUAAAAUCAAAAACAUAUAAAAGCCGAAAUUCCUUUACAUAUAAUAAAAAAGCGGUUAGCAUAA